AUGGCUCUGGACUCAAGUCCCUUACCCGAAGGGCCUCUCUUAAAGCUGCUACCCGUAGACACUAGGGACAGGGCCACCCAGCGCUCUCGCCUGGGCCCGGCCGCCCUCCGCGCCUUGGGCGCGCACCUGGGCUCCGCGGUGAAGAUCUCGCUGCCUGACGGCGGCUCCUGUCUCCGCAUCGCUUGGCCACGGCGGGAUGGAGCGGACGGCUUUAUGCAGCUGGAUCAGCAGUGCGCGAGUCCCGGGAUGGCAGUGGGGGCGCGGGGGUCCCCGGGGAGUCUCAACCUCAGCCGCCUCCGCUUAGUACCCUGCCCGCCUCUUCAGCGCCUCGCCAUGUGGCCAGUGUUGCGGGAGCAGGCGGGCUCGCCCGGUUCUCCGAAUCCAGCCGCGGUGCUGGAGGCGGCGCAGGAGCUGCUGAGGAACCGUCCAGUCUCUCUGUGCCACGUGGUGGCCGCUCCUCCAGACGCUCCUGGCCCGGUGGCCGCCCUGCACAUCAUCAGCGGGGCGCCCAGCCCGGAUCCGGCCGGGCUGGUCACCCCUCGCACCCACAUCGGUCUCAGCGGUCCCUCGGAAGUGGAGCCGCAGCCCGAGGUGGCCCUGGGGGGCCGUUCGAAGGCAGCCGACUCGCUACGGGAGCUCUUCCGCCUGCCGCUCCGCUACCCCAGCGCGCUCGCCUCACUGGGGCUAGCAGUGCCCCGCGGGGUGCUCCUGGCCGGCCCUCCCGGAGUGGGCAAGACCCAGCUCAUGCGGGCUGCGGCCCGGGAGGCGGGCGCGGAGUUGCUGGCCGUGAGCGCCCCGGCGCUGCAGGGCGCCCGGCCCGGGGAGGCCGAGGAGAACGUGCGUCGGGUCUUCCAGCGCGCCCGGGAGCUGGCCAGCCGCAGGCCCACCCUCCUCUUCCUGGACGAGGUGGACUCCCUGUGUCCUCGGCGGGGCGGCCCACACCAAGCCCCCGAGAGCCGCGUGGUGGCCCAGGUGUUGACGCUGCUAGACGGGAUCAGUGGGGACCGCGAGGUAGUGGUGGGAUCCACCAAUCGGCGGGACGCGCUAGACCCAGCGCUGCGCAGACCUGGGAGAUUUGACCGAGAGAUUGUCAUUGGGACUCCCACACUUAGACAAAGAAAUGCAAUUCUACAAGUGAUUACCUCAAAGUUGCCCAUGUCCAGUCAAGUCGAUUUGAGCCUCCUUGCAGAAAUGACAGUUGGCUAUGUUGGUGCAGACCUGACCGCACUCUGUAGCGAGGCUGCCAUGAACGCUCUGCUUCAUAGUGAGAAGGGUGAAUUUCUUCAGAACCAGGACAAUCCAAUGAUUGAUGAAACAGACUUCCUUGAAGCUUUUAAAAAGAUCCAACCUUCAUCAUUCCGAAGUGUCAUUGGACAGACGGACAUCAAGCCUGUCGACCGGGAGCAGAUUGGUGGCUUUGAAGAUGUAAAACUGAAGUUAAAACAGAGCAUUGAAUGGCCUCUGAAAUUCCCCAGGCAGUUUGUCAGGAUGGGCCUGGCACAACCAAAGGGGGUUCUCCUGUAUGGUUCCUCUGGCUGUGCGAAAACCACCCUGGUCAGGGCCCUGGCCACCAGCUGUCACUGCUCUUUUGUUUCAGUGAGCGGAGCUGAUCUCUUUUCAUCUUUUGUUGGAGAUUCAGAAAAAAUCUUGUCUCAGGUAUUUCGACAAGUGAGAGCAAAUACUCCAGCAAUUGUGUUUUUGGAUGAAAUUGAUUCAAUCUUGGAUUCUUGAUCAGUUGGGAGAACAGGAUGUAAUGUUCAAGAGCGUGUUCUUUCUGUUCUCCUAAAUGAAUUAGAUGGGGCUGGACUGAAGACUAUAGAGAGAAGUGGAAGUAAUUCAGAACAACAUGUGUUUCAAGAAGUUUUUAAUAGCAAUGUCAUGAUUGUUGCAGCAACAAACAGACCUAAUGUGUUAGAUGAUGCCUUGUUACGGCCUGGAAGAUUAGAUAAGAUCAUUCAUAUUCCACCUCCAGAUGAAAAGGGCAGGCUUUCUAUUUUGAAAAUCUGCACAAAAAACAUGCCAGUGGGACCUGAUGUUUCCUUAGAAAAGCUAGCAGCAGAAACCUGUUUUUCCUCUGGAGCUGAUCUUGGAAACCUUUGCAAAGAAGCCACCUUGCUGGCUCUGCAAGAAAAUGGACUAGAAGCAACCAUAGUGAGACAAGAGCAUUUUCUAAAAUCACUGGAAACUGUAAAACCAUCCCUAAGUCACAAGGAUUUGACUUCAUAUAGAAACAUAUUUCAUAAACCAAGAUUUUCUACCUUAGAAGAUAUUUAA